UGCCAUUUGCUUCAUUAACAAUCGUCAAUCCAUCUCGACGAUUUUCGGCGCACGUUACGCACCUAGCUCGCUUAUUUUCAUAGUUAGCGCACGUUAGCGUCUCUCCAAGCUGCAUUAUUAUUGGCCGUUGUGUGUCUCCCAUAAAGGCUUAGGGUUCCGGAUUCAGGUCGGUGUCGCCACCGCCCCUCGUGUUUCAUCUCUUCCUCUUCUUCGUCGGAGUAACGCGGAUCGUCAAAUUUACAGAUCAGCUCUUGUGGAGGAUAUGGGUGAAGAAGACACCGUGACGGUGGAUCAGAACAGUUUCGGUGGUGGCAAAGAUUCUUUGCUCCGUAAACGUCAUUCGGCGCCAUUGCCUUCACCGACACAGCUAUCUUCUAAAGUGAUUACAUUGCCUACCGUAUUAACCCUUGGCCGUGUAGCUGCCGUUCCGAUUCUCGUCGCGACCUUUUACGUUGAUUGCUGGUGGGGAAAAACUGCUACAACAAGUAUUUUUAUUGCAGCAGCCAUCACAGAUUGGCUUGAUGGAUAUAUUGCUCGGAAGAUGAGAUUAGGUUCUGCAUUUGGUGCUUUUUUGGAUCCAGUGGCGGAUAAGCUUAUGGUAGCAGCUACAUUGAUAUUGUUGUGCACUAAACCAAUGGUCGCCGUUGUCUUAGGACCAGUUCCAUGGUUAGUGACAGUACCCUCAAUCGCCAUCAUUGGUAGAGAGAUUACUAUGUCUGCAGUAAGAGAAUGGGCUGCAUCUCAAAACGGCAAGCUUUCAGAGGCUGUUGCUGUAAAUAGCUUGGGAAAGUGGAAAACCGCAACGCAGAUGAUAGCGUUAACCUUACUUCUUGCAAGCCGGGAUAGCAGUUUUGAGAGACUAUUACCGUCGGGUAUUGGGUUGCUCUAUGUAUCUGCAGGGCUCUCUAUAUGGUCUUUAGUUGUUUAUAUGAGGAAGAUAUGGAGAGUACUGCUAAAGAAGUAGCAACAAAAAAAAACUCUUUUUCUGGGUUUUUGCAUUCAGUAUAUACACAUAGAAGGGAAGAUUUGCUCAGGGACAUUUCCUGACUAAUUUCUCUCUGGAUACAAAUGAAAUUAGCUGGGCAAGCACUAUAAGACUCUUAUAUGAUGCUUUAGUUCUGUUUUUCAACUUUGGGCACUAGGGUCGUAUUCAGCUUGGUUUGGUUUUGUAUAAUAUCUCUGAAUCGCGUUGCUCCUCGGCUAGCACUGAAUUUUAAUGAAGCAGCAAGCACGAUCUUAUGGGCAAUGACGGAAAAGCAGCUGGUGCAAUUUGGUUCUAGUUGGACUCAUGAACUGUGAGAUAAAUGAAAACAGUUGUUGCCUGUCAUGUAGAUGCUUUUACCGAUACAAUUUAAUAUAUAUAAAAAAAAACUUUGGUUA